AUGCAUUCCAAGCCCAGUAGGUUCUACAUGUUCUACCGUAAUAGGAACCGAGGUCCAGUCAGGUCUCAUCAUCGCCUGCAGCAGCAGCAGCAGCAUCAGCAGCAGCAGGCUCCUCCCCUCAGCACCAGAGCCAACAGCCGUCAGCCAAUAAGGAACGCCCACUUCAUCUCCGACUUUGGAUCCGCCUUCCGCAGAUCUCCAACCCACUUCACGAACCACGACAGCGUCAGGGAUGUCGAUGUCGAGAAGGAAUUCGUGGCGCCGCGUCGCGUCACGCACGGCCUCGGAUCUCUGGCUGAUUUCGGACCCACUUUCAGUUCAUCAAGGAAAGCGUUGAAGACCCAGCAAUUCGGGUUCGGCCCCAAACAAAACUUCAAGCACACCAAGAAACACUCGCGAAUUAUUUUCCCGGACUCGGAAACCUUCAACAGACUAAACCCGUCGAUCCCAGCCUUCACACCCAUCGGAAAACCCGGCGUUGUCAAAGUAUCGCCUCAAGAACGAAUUCCGGAAAUAAUCCGGUCCAAACCAGUGCAAAUCGUUGACCAAACCGAAGCAGCAAAAAAUGCCAAAAUCAACGAACUUCACUCGAAAAUCCUGGGCUUCUCCAAGCCUUCCUCGAAAAAAGAUCCCCCUGAAAUUAUUCCAUCUGUUAUCCCAGCAAAAACGACAACAGAAAUUCCUCCUGCAGCAGAAGAAGCCACAACAACAAUCAAACCCGUUUUUAUCAAAAUGGAGAAAGAACUCAAGAAAAUGCACAUUCCUUCCGAACUCGUCAUGAAGGUGAUGGAAAGUGUCGUGGCUGCUCAAAUCCCGGAAGAAACUCUUCCGGAAAUCCUCCAGAAAGAUUCCGACGUUGACGUUUUGAAAGAAUUGCUGUCAGCCAUUUUGGACGCCCAACAAGACCCGACGCUGAAAAUCAAAUUCGGGAAAACCGGGAAAACGGCGGUGGUUCAGGAAGCCACUGGCGUGCGGAAAGUUGAAGAUAAUAGAGUAGAUGUCGCUCCCGAACCGGUUCCCGGCGUCAUUGCGGAAAUUCCUGUGUUUUUGCCAACUGAAGUCCCCACCACAACUAUUAAUGAAGCGUCACCUGUUUCUGUUUCUGAGAAACUGGAAAUCCCUGAAGGAAAUAUUGAAGAUAAUAUUGUGCCCACCAUUGAAGACCUGAGAGAUGUGGCCAGGAUUCUGGGCUACAUGCCUGAAAGAAUUGCAACUUUGAGCAGGGCAGAAUUGUUGGACCUGAUUUCAAAGGAUCCAGCUCCACAGCCAGGAAAAGACCUUGCUGAAAUGACACAACCCAUUCUGGACACAACUGUUUUUGCAGACAGAAUACCCACAACAACAUCAAUCCCAUUGACAACAGUUUCAUCUCCAGAUGCAGACACAGAAUCACAAUCUAUUUUUGAAGCUAAUGCAGUGGAAAAGGCCUUGGUUGAAUCCUUGUUGAGCAAUUCCAGUUCUGGACAGGACAUUGAGUCUCUAUUGGUUACCAUUUUACAGUUCAUUGAAAAUGGUAAUUCAAUUCCUUCAAAUCUGGUGGUUGAACUUCCUUCUGGUCCAGGGAAGCCAGCACAGGUGCUGUUUUCUUCUUCAGGACCAGCUGAAACCAAAGAGGUGGAAACCAGCAGUGUUGCUGAGGCACAAACCCAGCAGGUGGUGACAGAGGAACCAGCAAUACUAUUCCAGGAAACUGAACCAGUGCCCAGCAGCCUGUUGGCCUCCCAGCCACAGACAGUCCAGCAAGGAGGGUUCAACCAGCAGUCCAUCCAACUCCAGGGCCAGAUGAGACAACAGGCAGAGCUGCUGAGAGUGGCCCAGCUUCACCAGCAGGGCCAGCUGCGACAACAAGAGGCCCUGCUACAUCUGGCUCAUGCUCAGCAAGGGGUGUCAAUUUUUGCGGAUCCCACUGGGAAACUUCAUUUGCAAAUUGACAGAGGCACUGGACAUGCACCACCAGCCAUCACACCAAUGCAAGCUGAAACGGUCCAAACUGAAGAACUAGUUUUGCAAUUUGGAGGGGCCAAAGUGCGAGUGGACUUAGACGGAGUUCAAGCCUUCGCCCCCAACUCCACCAACAUCACGGCGAAUUCCACGUCUCGCAACCUAGAUGUCGCCGCCGGAUCAGCCCCGCAACACUUCCGCAACCCCGACGAACCCCUCAUCACCAUCACACCUGCGGAAUUCACGCGAAACCUCCUCAUUUUCUACGACAUGCAAGAACGGGUCAAGAAAAUAUCCACGGCAGGUCAAACCCCUUCGUUGUCUUCGACCCAAUUCGGGGCCCUGGCAUCUGCCCAACUCUUUUCGCCAACUGCUGAGCAAUUACGACAACAAGAGCUGUUGAAUCAGCAGAAGCAACAACAACAACAGCUUCAGUUGACAGCUAGGCAAGCGCAGGAAUUGGCUGCUAACUCUAAAUCAGCCCUUUCAGUGGCCCCGUUGAACCACAAUGAGUUGAGGGCCCUGGCCCUGGUGCUGGGCCACCCUGUGAACAAUGUUCAGGCCAUGAACAAGUCUGAGUUGGAGAGGCUUUUGUCCAAAGACAUCCUGUUGUUGUCCUCGCAAGCACCCAGACAGGCAGUGCUUUAAGAAAAUUUAAAAAAAAGCAUUUUUAUUUGGGAGUUGGCCAAAUGUUGUUGACUUUGGCUAAUUAUUCAGUGGAAGGUUUUCAUUCGCUGCUUUUGUGGAGAAGAAAAAUGUGUCAUUUUAUUGUGCUAUAAAAAAAAAAAUUGAUCACCACAAACUCAAGACUCACUUUUCUCCAAAUUCACAAGCAAAAUAUAUACAGUCAUUCUUAAUGUCAUUCAAAUUUCUCAUGCGAUGGAAUAAACUAAAGAUUGCUCUUGUGUGAUUGCGAAUCUUUGAGAUGAAGAUAUGAGGUUCGCAAAGAUGGGUAUUUUUGAAAAAACAAAAUUGGUAAAAUCAAGUGUAUAUUUUUCGGAGUUCAUAUGCGAGUGAUUUGUGGCUUCUCUUGUUUUUUUUUAGUGAGAAUAAAUGAAAGGGUUUCCUUAUUGCAGC